UCUAAAUUUUUCCUUCUCUAAAAAGAGUCCCACCACUCUAUUCCAAGCCUUGAGAAUAGCUAGGAAGAUCUCUUGGUGGCCCUCAUUGGAGCUAUUUGAAGAAUUUUGAAAAGCUACAAAGGCAAAGUUUGGUGAUGAGACUAGGGAAGAAAAGGUGGCUGGUUUUCUUGGAGGCACACUGGGCAAUCUCCCUGUGAAUGAGUUGUUUGACAUGUAUCGAGCACUCGUCCAAGACGCGGCCUAACAGAAGGACCCUGUCCUUUGUAAUAGACGAAUAAUGCAUUGUGGGUAUGACUUGGCUCUUGACGAAGUAGAGCCAGAAGUUGGCCUCCGAUGUGAGUGGACCAAACUUGAGCGAACGGACAUCUUUAUCAGUCACUUACCAUGAGCCCCUUCUACCCAUACCAGCUGUAGGCCAUGGUCAAGCUCACGAAUGGAGGGCUGUUGGACUAGCUCACUGAAGGCAGUGUGCAGGAUGUUGAGGAUAGUUAUUCCGGUUCACCCUAUAGAGCCUAUAGAUUGGGUGUAUUUCUUGUUUUAGUCACGGCGGGAGUCGGGUUAAAGCAUGUGUUUAGUAUCUCGAGAAAGAGCCGUGAAUAUUUGGAUGUGAAGUGAAAGUGCCCUUAUGGUAACUGCCUAUCUAAGUUUGGGUCGAGUCCGAGCUCCGAGGUCAUUGAUACGUCCCCAUAAGUGGUGAUCCGUGAGAGGUUUGCGAGGACGAAGCCCGUAGUGAAGAUGAGGGAUGUCGAGACCUCACUUGAGGUAUUUGAUGUUUCACCUCUUCAAGAGGUUCAAAGGAAGUCUCCAUCCAAUAAAUCUAAGAAUAAUAAGAGAAAAACUAUCUCUUCUGAUGAUGUCGUGCCCGAGGUGAGGGUAGACGGCAUUACUGGUCUUGCGAACGAUCCCAAAGCUAGGGUAGGGGCAACGUUCGACAUUUAUAUGAGGUUCAAAAUUGAACCUUCAAGCGCUGGUAUCAAGGAGAAGGUGGCAAAAACGUCCAGCGUCUGCUUUGAUCGCGGCUUGCAGCAGGCGUCAAAAUUUGUCAUCGUCCCUAGGUCGGGCAUCAAGAAGAUUAUCGACUACACAGUCAAGGUGCAUGCGGUCAGCUGCCAUGCCGCCAUCAUUAUGAAGUCUAAACUGGACGACCGUGACCUCAUCAUGGUAAACGAACGCGAGGCCUUCUCUGUGGCUUUAGAGGUUGCUACUACUCUCGAAAGGGAGCUAAAAGAAGCAAGGGUCGAGAACGAGGUCCUCAAGUCUAAACUGGAGGCUAAGUUCAAAAGUGAUGAGAAUGAGGUGGAGCACCAACAAGAGCUAUUCAAGUCCACAUAUGUCAUCGUCAAAGGGUUGGAGAAUGAAAAAUUCAAGCUGAUGAGGCGCAAUGAUCAUCUUACUCGUGAUGCCAAGACUCACCAGUCCGAGGUAAAAGAGUUGAAGGUUGAAGUGGAGCUACACAAGGCAAAACUCAGCAAUGGUGUUCUUCUUGAAGAAGCCUUCCAAGCCCAUCUUGACUUCGAUGUGUUUGUGAACGACUUCAGCGAUGUCGACUUCAAAUUUCUAAUGAAAGGCAUCAUGGAGGUAGCCCUUGAUCUCGACCUCGAACCGGUCAAGCAGACAUACACUAAGAAGUGGGCUUCUGGUCCAAUUAAAACUCUUGGCCCCUAGAGUUUGGUGGACAGGUAUGUGAGGGAUCUCAACUCGAAGGCUGAGGACGAUGACGAGGAGGAAGAUGACCUAGCCCAGAAAAGCGAUGUUGUUCGCACCACACCAUUGGUGAAGAUGGGGUGUUCUUUAUGCUCCUGCUGCUCCCUCGUCUCAAGAAGCUGGCCUUUGAGACUCCAAAGAGCUUCACUUCCUAGCUUCCCAGGCAGAGCUCGGGUCGCACCUCAAAAACUCCUGAUUGACCCCCAACUAUCUUAUGUUUCUAAUGCUUUCUUUUGAAAUGAAUGAAAAAUACUUUCUUCAAUUUGUCAAGUUUUAUCUUGGAUGUUCAGCCGACCUUUGUGUCGC